GAGGGGUCCGUGAAGCCCACAACCCGUGUUCAUCCAAUAACCCACCUCGCCGGAUUCCUGCCGGUCCCGGCCAAGAAACCUCGCCGAACUACUUCACCAACUACAACCCGAAACCCUAGCCCCGCCCAUGGGCGACGACGCCCCCUCGCCAUCGCCGUCGCCGUCGCCCUCCUCCUCCUCAGGCGCCUCCCCCUCGCCCUCCUCCCCGCGCGCCAAGCGCCACCGCAUCCACCGCUACGCGCUCGGCUUCGAGUUCGCACCGCGCCUCGCGCCCUAUGAGGUCCCUCCGCCACGCCUCCCCGAUUGGACGGAAGGCUCCACCUUCGCGCUCCUCGACGCCUGGGGCGACCGCUUCGUCCGCGCCGGCCGCCGUGGCAUCCGCGCCGACGACUGGCUCGAGGUCGCCCGCCUCGCCGCCUCCGCCGCGAACCGCCCCGCGGGGUACUACUCCGAGUCGCAGUGCCGCAACCGCAUCGACACUCUCAGGAAGAAGUUCAGGAGGGAGAAGGAGAGGGCCCGCCUCGCCGCGCGCCGCUCCCACCCCUCCACCUCCAAAUGGGUCUACUACGACAAGAUGAUGUCUCUCAUUUGCCCGCCGCCGCCGCCUCCGUUGCAGCCGCCCGUCGUUACGCGCCGCCGGGACACGCAUCCCUCGCCGCGUUUAACGUGGGGGACGAGGGCCCCGGAGUAUAUGCUGGGCGGCGGUGGGGACGCAGGGCCCGGGAAUUCAGGAUCGGACGUUGAAUUGGGUGAACCACAGAAAAUUGGGGCUGUUGCAGGACAUUCCAUUAGAUUUGCGGUGCUGACGAAGUCGAUACAGAAGCUUGGGGAGGUUUUUGAGAGGAUGGAGAGUAGGAAGAGGCAGCACAUGGCGGAGGUGGAACAAAUGAGGAGGGAUUUCCAAAGGGACCUUGAUGGAAAGUGGAGGGAGAUUCUGGAGAAGGUGAAAACGGGAACUGCUUGUCUUGGGUACGAGGAUGUGGAUGAGGGUGAUGCGGGAGAGGAUGGUGAUGGUGGCGAUGAUAACAAGAGAUUAGAGGAUGGUGGUGGUGAAGAGCAGAACAAUGGUGCCAUGGAUGCUUCUCCUUAGCAUAUGGCCUAGAAGUUCACCAAAUGAGAGUCAUGUCUUCAGCCUCAUGUGGAAAACCAUAUACAUCACUCAAGAAACUAGGUGUGUGGUUGCCAAUGGUGCUCAGUAGUGUCUUAUGGUAAUAACUCCAACUUCCCUGUUAGCAUUCGAAGUCAUGAUACAGUGCCCUUGAUAAUUUCCGUAGGGUCUUGCAUUUACAGUCAUGUUGGGACUUGUAAUUGUUUAAAAUAGUAAUUUGCAUUUAGAUUCUCUUGGAAGGAAGAUUGUAGGUUGGCAUCAGAACAAAUCACAUGGUUGAUGUUAGAUUUGUGCUGAGAGAAACUACUCAACCCGUAAUCUUCAAAUAUUUGAGACUGAGAUGCAAAAGAAUCAGUUACUCCUGUAAAUCUGUGUUUAGUGUUUUAUGAGAAUGAAAUCUGGUAUCAGUUAAUGGCAAUAUAUGCUAGUUAGAUCAAUCUUGCUAUCGUCGGAGUAUUUAAAUUCUGGCUUGAGAGAUAUUGUUGGGAAUAUUGGAAUUUAUUGGUCAUACUCAACUUUUAUUGGUGCUUUUCAUCAUGAUAGAUGCAACAAUGUAUGCAUUACUAGACCGUGAUAUCUUGCACACUACUGAGUUAUGUGCUAGAACAUCUGUUGGUCCUGUAUCAGCUUGUUAAACUUGAACCGGAAGGUUCUCAAGUCUACCCGAAUAUGUGCAUUCUUUGGACAAAUCAAAUUCGCCAUUCAUAUAAUUUACUCACCUCCUCAAAAGAUUGCAAGUUGAAAUGCCAUCAUAUGUGACAUAGCAAAACAGUAGUACCCGAGCUAUCAUAUGUGCCUGUUUCGUUGGCAUGGCAUAUUCAAGGCAGCAUAUUUUCUAUUGGUGUCCAUUUUAAGAAGUCAACUUAUUCUUAGUGAUAAUAAAUAAUGCUUCAAGUAUAUGUAAUGAAAGAGGUAUGAGUGCUGGUUCAACGGUAGUCAUAAGUUGUUGUACUGAAAUGGAAUAGAUUGAAGGUACCUGUUUACACUUAAGCAGAGAGAUAGAGAUGUUUCUGAGUGGUACUAUGUAUAUUGGCAAUUUUAGGUAUCCUAUAUUUGUCUAGUGAUUAUACUGACAGAAAGUUUUUUUUUUUUAUGUUUUUUCCUUCCUGUAUGUACAUUGUAUUGCUACUUAAGAUAUAAACUUAUUAGUCUUCUGUUCCUAUAAAUGGUAUUAAUUAUGUUAGUUUAUCAUGUAUUACAAAGCCAUCAUUGAUUUUGUUAGUAAAUGGAAGUGUUCACAAAUCCUUCUUACUGUUUGCCUGUUUGGUUCAGUUGGAAACAGGAUAUAAUUUUCCAGUA